AUGGUGCUGGUGCUGGUGGUGCUCAUCCCGGUGCUGGUGAGCUCCGCCGGGGCCGACGGCCGCUAAGAGAUGCUGGACACCCGCUGGAUGGUCUGCGAGCCCCACGGCUCCGCUGCCCCCCCCCGCACCACCGAGCGCGACCCCCUCCCGCCGCCCUCCACGCUGGUGCAAGGUCCGCAAGGAAAACCGGGCAGACCGGGGAAACCGGGACCGUCGGGACCGCCCAGAGAACCGGGGCCGCGGGGCGCGGGGCGGGGGGAAGCGGGAAGACCGGGACCGCCGGGAUUGCCGGGGCCGGGGGCUACGGGCGCGGUGAGCGCGGCCACCUACAGCACAGUGCCGAGGGUCGCCUUCUACGCCGGGCUCAAGAACCCCCACGAGGGCUACGAGGUGCUCAAGUUCGACGACGUGGUCACCAACCUGGGCAACAGCUACGACGCCGCCUCGGGCAAGUUCACCUGCGCCAUCCCCGGCUACUUCUUCACCUACCACGUCCUCAUGCGCGGCGGCGACGGCACCAGCAUGUGGGCAGACCUCUGCAAGAACGGGCAGGUCCGGGCCAGCGCCAUCGCGCAGGACGCCGACCAGAACUACGACUACGCGAGUAACAGGAUCCUGCACCUCGACGCGGGGGACGAGGUGUUCAUCAAGCUGGACGGGGGCAAAGCCCACGGCGGCAACAACAACAAGUACAGCACCUUCUCCGGCUUCAUCAUCUACUCGGACUGAGCCUGGACCCACGGCAGCGACCCCGGCACGCCCCUGACCCCUCAGACCCACAACAUCGCCCCCGGCACGCCCCCGACCCCCAGCCCCACAGCAUCCCUGUGCUGCGGUUCAGCCCCACGGCACCCCCCGAACGCCCAGCCCACGGCGUCCCUGUGCCGUGGUUCAGUUCCCUGCUGCCCCACAGCCCCCACGGCCUUCCCUCGCUCCCGCCCAGCCCCACAGCAUCCCCCUGCCAUGGUCCAGCCCGUGGAUCCCCCCCCGUCUGGUGCUUUCGGUUUCCCACGGCGCCCCAAACCCCCUUUUCCCAUUAACUCACCCCACGGCUGCCAAUUGAGGGCUGGGGGCUGCAGAGGGUUUGAGGGGGUGGCAAAAGGCUGGGGGACCCCCCAUGCUGCCCUACUGCACAACACCCCCCCGGCUGAGCCCCCCCUUGCCUCUGAUGCCCCAUCCCCGCUGUUCUCCCCUCCCCGGGGCGGUGCCAGGGGUCUGGCGGGGGGGUCCCGAUGUACAGAAGUGCAGUGCCCACACGGCCCCGGGCUGGGGGGCUGAGCUGGGGGAUGGAGGGAGCCGCCAGCCUGCCCCCCCCCGGGGCGACAACAUGGUAAAGCAGAGCUGUGACCUCUCCC